AUGGCCAUGAAUCCGGGCGAGGAGGACGGCUACACCUCCGUCCUCGAGAUCGACGAGUCGCUCAGCCUGCUCGAGCGCGUCAAAUACUACAGUCAGUCCGCGGUCGCGGUGCAGAGGCUCGUGCAUGUGCAGGAGCUGGGCGCCUGCGCGGAGGAGAUCGGGCCCGCGGCGGCGCUGUCCGAGCUGGUCCCGCUCCUCAAGGACGUCAGCUGCGACGCCGAGCUGAGCGUGCGGCAGGCGCUAGCUGAGCAGCUGGUGCCGCUCUGCGCUGUCCUGAUGAAGGCCCCGGAGGAGAGCGCCGAAGUGGAGGGCGAGGAGACGAGCGCGCACGCCGUCGUGGUCGAGACGUGCGUCCCGCUCCUGAGCGCGAUGCUGACGGCGGGCGGCGGCCAGGAGCUGGCCGGCGGCGGAUCUGCGCAGCUCAUCGACGCUGCGGCCGAGGCCCUGGUCGCCAUUGCGGCGCUGCUGCCGGCGGACGAGGUCGGCAAGGAGACGAGAG